AUAGAGUUGGGUAAAUCGGAGGUAAAGAGACACCCGUGUUCGGCAAACUUGCCGCGGCGGAACUUCCGCCGUCCAGAUCCAGCAGAAACACCCGCGCCUGGAUAGCUUGUUUGCUGCAAGCUUUCAUCCUCUACCUUCGUUCAUUCUCUCUUUCAAUGCAAUAACCACCAUCCUAUACUACACAACUACAAUCGCACACUCUAUCUCUUGGAACCGACCACACCAACAAAGUGACUACCAAAACAAACGAAAUAAUAAAAGAAGAGCAGCAAAAUGACACCACCCCCAAUCGACCGCCAAACCACAACCCCCUUCCACCUCAAGCUCUUCUACCGACUCAACAACUACCACCAUCUCUCCGACUUCUCCUCAUCAGCCCCCUCCUCUUCCUACAGCGGCCCCACGAGCGGCCCCAACGCCAUCCGCACGCGCAGUCCCCCACCACCACAACAACUCCCUCCCCACCUCCAAAUCUACACUUGGCAAUCAUGCACUCUCCGCGAACUCUCCCACCUCCUGACCUCCGCGCUACCUAGUCUGCUUCCCGACCCGCCGGUCGGUACGCGCCUCUGCUUCCGCCUCAUAUACCCGGACACCAAAGGCGCCGCGACGAUGGGGCCCGACGCGCGGGGCAGAUAUCUCGCGAAGGAUUUGGGAAGUGUGAUUAUCGGACCGAGGGAGAGUGCGAUUGCGAAUGGUGGGGAUGAUGAUGAGAAUGCGAUUGGGGAGGAAGGAGGGCAGAGGAAAGGGAGUGGUGCUGGAGUAGGAGGAAGGUUGAGGAUUCAAGGCAAUGAUGCGGAUAAGACGUUGCAGGAGGCAAGGUUCGUUAUUGGAGAUUAUGUUGAUUGUGCGGUACUGCCGCCGCUUGAGGAUGGGUCUGUGGCGCCGCCGGUUAACCCCGGUCGGGGGAUGGCGAUGGGUGGGGGGAUGAGGGCGUUCCCUGGGGAUGCUGGUAGGGGGAGAGGUAUCGUGGAGGAGGUGGCGGUGGUGGGAUGAGAGGAGGGAGGAUUCCACCGGGGGAUUGGAGACGGGGGGAGAGAGUUCCGGAGGAGAGGGGUGGUGGAGGGAGAAGGGGGUGGGCGCCGUAC